AUGAGGAAGAGUUAUUGUGAAUUAUCUUUUUCGAAAAAGUCUGAUUCGUAUGAGGAGUAUCAAGUUUUAGAAGAUGUUUGGUUUGGAGAUAGUAAUCAGCGUGUUCCCUUUCUGGCAUACUUUGAAGAAAGUUCAUAUGAUAUUCAUUGUAAUUGUCAUUUGUUUGAGUUCAGAUGGAUUUUAUGCAUGCAUGCCAUUAUUGUGUUGACUCAUAAAAGGGUUUCACACGUUCCAGAUAAGUACAUUCUACGGCGUUGGAGGAAAAACAUAAAUAGAUGUCAUACAAAAAUCAAGGUAAGUUAUAAUAGAUGGAGCACCAACGUUGAAGGACAACGUUUUGAGAAGUUGUCUAAUAUAAUGCUGAUAGUAGCUGAUAUGGCAUCAAAUAAUGAGGAAAACUGUAAUAUGUUGAUGGAAUUUAUGAUUGGCAUGAGAAAAAAGUUGGAGCAUAAGGAAAGUAAGGGAGAGCUUGGUAGUAAAGAUGGGGACAGUCCUCCCAAAGAGGGGAAUAGUCUAAUUGUUAGUCCACAUGCAGUUCAUAGCAAAGGUCAUCCUUCAUGCAAAAGAAAGCAAUUAAAGGUUGACGAGAUUAUGUCCACUGGUUCAGUUCAGAAUCUUGCAGGAAAAAGUAAUUUAUUUAUUGGACAGGAGGAUGUAAAUGAUGAACAUGUUUUGUUGGGAGAGAUUUGA